UUGAUACGGUUAAGGAAGUGACCCAGUGGUUGAACUUCAGUUCGUUUCUAACUUUUUGCAAUAACUCUCACUUUAAGGACACAAAGGUGAGGACACAGCCUAGACAACAACAACAACAACAACAUAGUGUUGCACAGUAUAUCAACACAAGAACGGUAUCUGUAAACCCAGCUGUGUCACCAUGGCAACAGUGGCGGAGCCGAGCGACCUGAUCAAAGUGCUGCACCUCCUCCUGCUCUCCUUCUCCUGGGGCAUGCAGGUGUGGGUCACCUUCAUCGCAGGUUUCACGAUGCGGCGGCGGGUGACGCUGCACACCUUCGGCCUGGUGCAGAGUAAACUGUUCCCGGUGUACUUCCACCUCCUGCUGGGGAGCAGCUUGCUCAGCCUGGCUGUGUACGCCGUGUUCCACCCCAGAGAACUGCUGGACUGGCACUACACUGUGCAGAUGGUUCUGUUCUGUGUGGUGCCUAUCACAGCGGGUCUGAACGCCCGCUGGCUCGGUCCGAAGGUCACAGAGAUCAUGUUCCAGAUGAGGGAGGUGGAGACGGAGCAGGGCCUGGGGAACCAGAUCGGCCGCGGCAGCCUGAAAGCAGCGUACGACAAACUCCAAGAGCAGGACCCGAAGUACCGAGGGUUCAGGAGCACGUUCGUCCUCUACCACGGGAUGUCCAGCGUCUGCGCCCUGAUCGGGUUCCUCAGCACCACAGUCAUCUUGAUCUACACAGCUCUAAAGUUAUCCACCAUUUAGAGGGAAAAGCAGAUUUCAGCAUGUGAAAAUUAUCUUUUUUCUGCAGUCAUCACAAUAUUUUUCAUAUGAUAAAGCAAACAUCAUGUGUGCAAACAGUUUUUCCCCGGUUGCCUUGUUGCCAUUCUUGCUAUGUAGCUGAUUAUUUCACACAAAAACCUAUUUUCCUAAAAAACAAUGUGACAAAAUGACCAAAUGAUGUGGCCACAAAUAAACUUGUGGCACUCCUUUACCUUAAUUAUCUUGAAUUUUGCACAACUGUCGAACCCACACCAUUCUCCCCAACUGACCUUUUGAAUGAGGAGACCUUUGUUAAUUACAAUUUCAUUCUGUUCGUCAGUAUCUAAUUAAUCCUGUCUUGUAAAACAGGAUGUACUUUUUCUUUUUAAUGUUUUACUCUAUGACUCAAGAUCGAACCUCUAAUCAACACCUCUAGUGCAGGAUGGGGAGUGUUCUUGCAUCCCCAGCAGGGGGCGGUGUUUACACUCAGGAACUUUACUAACUUCAUUUAACUUGUUAAAGCCUGUGUUUCAGUGGAAAUUUGUUUUUGUGAUUUUUUGUCACUGUGAUUGUGAGAUUAAACACAUGCUCUGUUUUA